UCAAAUCACAUCGUUAAUACACACAGAAAUCAGAACAAAAUCUUAUAGCCAUUCUCAUUUCUUCUCUGUUCGUUCCUCCGCUGCUUCUGCUCUCGCCGUCGCCGCCUGCGCCUCUCCGGAAGGAGAUGAGACAGAUGAUUUCUAUGUCUUCACCCUAGAACACUAUUACCAACUUCUAGCUGCUAAAAAGGAAGAAAACGAUAAUAACCUAACUACCUAAGUACCUUAAAGGCUGGCGUAGAUUGUUCAAGCAUUCUGGUACUGUCAGAGAAUGGGGUCAGGUCAAUGGCAUGUUGAAAAGAGGUGCUUUAGCAGUGAAUCUCCCCAAUCAAUGGAUCUCGAAAAUGGACCUGAAACUGGGUCACUCUCCAUAGUUGUGCUUGGUGCUUCUGGUGAUCUUGCUAAGAAGAAGACAUUUCCAGCAUUAUUCCACCUUUACCGCCAGGGAUUCCUACCAGUAGAUGAAGUUUCUAUUUUUGGAUAUGCAAGAACAAUAAUCUCUAAUGAUGAAUUAAGAGAACGCCUACGUGGCUAUCUUGUUCGGGACAAAGAUGCUUCCUCUGAAGAGUUGGAGGUUGUAGCAAAGUUUUUGCAUCUGAUCAAAUAUGUAAGUGGCCCAUACGAUUCAGAGGAUGGCUUCCGUUUGUUGGAUAAAGAGAUUUUGGAGCAUGAAUCUUUGAAAACUAGUGCAAAGGGUUUAUCUCGACGGCUUUUCUAUCUCGCUCUUCCACCUUCUGUAUAUCCAUCUGUUUGCAAGAUGAUCAAGACUUGCUGCAUGAACAAAUCUGAUGGUGGAUGGACACGUGUUGUUGUUGAGAAGCCAUUUGGUAAAGACUUAGAAUCUGCAGAGCAACUCAGUACCCAGAUUGGGGCAUUGUUUGAGGAGCCUCAAAUUUACCGUAUUGAUCACUACUUGGGAAAGGAACUAGUACAGAAUAUGUUAGUACUUCGUUUUGCAAAUCGCUUGUUCUUGCCUCUUUGGAACCGUGACAACAUUGCUAAUGUGCAGAUAGUCUUCAGGGAAGAUUUUGGAACUGAAGGCCGAGGUGGAUAUUUUGACCAGUAUGGAAUUAUUCGAGAUAUAAUUCAAAACCAUCUACUUCAGGUUUUUUGCUUGAUUGCUAUGGAAAAACCUGUUUCUCUCAAGCCUGAACACAUUCGAGAUGAGAAAGUGAAGGUUCUUCAAUCAGUAGUUCCUAUUAAAGAUGAGGAAGUUGUCUUAGGACAAUAUGAUGGCUAUAGGAAUGACCCAACCGUACCUAACAAUUCAAACACACCAACUUUUGCAUCUGUUAUUCUCCGAAUAGACAAUGAAAGAUGGGAAGGUGUUCCUUUCAUAAUAAAAGCUGGGAAGGCCCUGAAUUCAAGAAAGGCAGAGAUACGAGUUCAAUUCAAGGAUGUUCCUGGUGAUAUAUUCAAGUGUCAAAAGCAGGGGAGAAAUGAGUUUGUCAUACGCCUGCAACCUGAAGAAGCUAUGUACAUGAAGCUGACGGUCAAGCAACCUGGACUCGAGAUGUCAACGGUGCAAAGUGAACUAGAUUUGUCGUAUCGACAACGAUAUCAAGGAGUAAAAAUUCCAGAGGCUUAUGAACGUCUAAUUCUUGAUACAAUUAGAGGUGAUCAGCAACAUUUUGUUCGGAGGGAUGAGUUGAAGGCAUCAUGGGAAAUCUUCACCCCACUUUUGCACCGCAUCGACAAGGGUGAGUUCAAACCAUUCUCUUACCAAGCUGGAAAACACAUGGUUAUGUAUGGUCACCUCCUUCCUUAGAAUGAUUCAAUGCAAUAAUUUUGCAAUUUCUUAUAUUUGUAAUCAAUAUGUUUGGGAAGAUUCCAUGACAUAAAAAUAUUUUCUCCUGAUGGGUUUGUGUCUCAUGAAUUUGAGUUGAACAAAUAUGUGCCGUUCAGAAGGUAUGUGUAAAGUGAUGUUUCUAAAUUCAAAAGACAAAAAUUCAUGUAGCACUGUUUGUUACACUAUCUUCUUAAGAUUUAAUUGAUGCUUAAAGGUCUGAUUUCAUAUUUUAA